GUUCUCGUAAACAACGCAGGAAUAGCAUCCUUCCUGAAAAGCCAAGAACUACCGAAUCUGAGAGAAAAUUUCAACUCAACAUUCAACGCAAACAUCACCUCCGUGCCGGCAGUAACCAGCACUUUCCUCUCACUCCUGCAUCUCUCGCCAAAUCCAAAAGUAAUUAGCAUCUCAUCGGACCGUGCAUCUCUCACCCAAUCCUCAAAUAGGAAAUUACCACCUACAGCUGUUGUAGCAUACACUGUGAGUGGGGCCGCGCUGAACAGUUUAACUAUCGAGUUGCAGAACACAGAAGACGUGUUGAAAGAAGGCGGAGAGGGUAAGGGACGGGGAAAGGUAGAGUUUUGGGCGGCAAAUCCGGGGCAUUGUAAGACUGCUUUUAAUGGGUAUAGGGGCACGAAGGGUCCGAUUGAUGGGGCGGAGUUGGUGGUGCAGCUUGUGGUUGGCGAGGAGGGGCAAUGGAAGAGAGAGGGGGGGUAUGAGGGAGGUGCAUUGAUAGAUGUGGCGUGA